CCAUCAUGUGUGAAUACCAACUCGAAGACUAAGCAGUUCGAACGAUCUCGUAGCGAUUUGUUCGUACCAUAAUGUCGGGAUGGAUCUCCUCCAAACUCAGAGUUGCGGAAACCUUCCUUCAACAGAUUGAUCAGCAAGCGGCAGAGUCGCUUGGGAAGAAUGAGAAAACUCAAUCCGAUGAAUUGAAUGAUAAAACCCCGGCGAGAACCGGGGAAGUUGUUCCUCUGAAGGAUCAGCUGAAGAAGAAGACGCCCGACAACAAUGAUUUGUAUGGGUAUUCACGCUCAGAUUCCAAUUCUGAUAGAAACCAGGACAAGCAAUUUGGAACGCCUCUGAAGACGUCUCCGAAGUCUACGCCAACUCUUACAGACAGUGACUGGACAGAACUGCUUAGUACUCCUAAGCAACCACCAGCCUCUGACGUCAAUCGCACUAAUGGGAUAUCUGCAAUCCGUGGACCACGGAAGGAUGGGCGAAAGCAGGGGAAUUCUAGUUCAUAUUCUUUGUCUUCUGAAGGGAAGAAAAAUCAUAACAGGCCUACCGUGGUUUUCAAAUCUACGAGGAGGUCAGACACUGAGCCAGGGUAUAAAUUAAACGGUGGCGUUGCUUCUCCAGAUGGCAGACAGAUUGAUUCAGAAGAUUCUGGUUUCUCUGAUUCUACACAAGCCAAAUCCAGUUCUGAAUCACAAAACGGUGAUCAUUACGUUGAAGGAAGAGAAAGAGGUGCUAAUCUUCUGUUGGAACCCAAAGGUGAUGCAAGUCAGGAUUCCAAGUAUGUCCUGGAAACUGCUGGGGAUGGAAAGCUGUCUCUUUCUGAAAAUUAUAAUGAAAAAAAGGGUGGUGUAGGGAAUGAUGCUUUUCAACCAGCAGUUGGGAAACAUGCAGCAGAAAUUGUACCAGUCUCAGGUACAAUUGAUGACAUAGUUGAUAUAAAGAGGCAACCUGAUGGUGAUCAUGAUGCAUCCAGUAGUGCUGCAGGGAGAAUUGAUAAAUCAAAUGCAGCUGUGGGAAAUUCUGUUACUCAUGACUUGCAGAGACAUUCUUCAUCAUUGAGUGAUGAAGAGUCUGAUUCGGACACAGAUUCAGCUUCAACAUCUGAUUCUGAAAAUGAACGUGAAAGGAGGGCAGAAAAGGCAAGGCAAAGGGAACGGAUUAUGGCUGAGAGAGCUGCUGCUAAAGCUAUUGAGGCUAUAAAAGAGCGUGAGAACAUUGUUGCCAGAUUGGAGGGAGAGAAGCAAAGCUUAGAGAAAAUACUUGAAGAAAGGGCAAGGCAACAAGCACAAGAGGCUUCUGAGCUGCAGAUGAGUAUGAUUGAAACAAUGGAAGCUGUUGAUCUGGAGAAGCAGAAACAUAAUAGUACCAGGAUGGAAGCCCUUGAACGAUUAGCUAAAAUUGAGACUGCAAAUCUUGACCUUGCGAGAUCCCUUGCAUCCACACAAAGGAAUCUUGAUUUGGGGGUUGAUCAUGUAGUAGCACUUCGACGACAAAUUGAGUUGAAAGAAGCUGAACAGGAAGAUCUCAAAAGGAGAUUCUUCAAGGUUCAUCAGAGUGAAAUAUCAUCAAACCAAGUGAAAGCUUCCAAAGGAGUUGAGUUUGAACGGGAGAUACUUGAGGCAGAGUACACUUUUGUAUGUGAUAAAGUUGGUCAGCUUCAGGAGAAGGCACAGAAACUAGAAGAAAACAUUGAAACGACACACAAAGAGAUAGAGAAUUCAACUGAAGUAGAAAUUGAACUCAAGAGAAGGCUUGGGCAGUUGACUGAUCAUUUAAUUCAGAAACAAGCUCAGGUUGAGUCUCUCUCCUCAGAGAAGGCAAUGCUUCUGUUUAGGAUAGAGACGGUUUCUAGAAUGCUAGAUGAAAACAAGUCAGCAAUGCCAUUGGCCGAUUUGGCAGGUCCCUCGGCAAGUGAUGACCUGGAAGCAGGGAUGUGGCAUACUUCCAAUUCGAAGCUGAAGCCUUUGCUUGAGGCCAGAAUCCGGUCUGGAGGAGAACACUUUGGAUCUUUGCUUCGGCAGUUGGAUGCUAUCUUUUCCGCGGGAGCUGCAUUUAUCCGGAGGAAUCCAGCUGCAAAGUUGUGGUCACUUAUUUACCUUGUAUGCCUUCAUUUCUGGGUGGUAUAUAUUCUCAUGUCACAUUCUCAACCAUCUGAUGACUCCAAAUCUGGGGCAAUCAUCUCCUUGGAAAACAUCAAUAAGACAGGGAGUAUCUAAUUCAUGGAUUGUUGUUGUUUGAUUAUUCAUUUGUGGUACUUGUAGCCUUGCCAGAGAUUACCAUUGUAAUUAUAAAGAUACAAGAGGCCCUUCAAUGUGAGGUUCAAGGAUGGUAACAUGAUCAUCCUUGUUUUGUUG